GCUGAGGAUGACGGAGAAAGAUGGCGCUGCCCUUACUGAGGUGCUAUAGCUGUAACAGGCACUUCUCGAUUCUGAUCCGGUGCUUCACAUCAAAGCCACUUUUACUGAAUCAGUCCAGACGACUCGCUCCCGUGGCGUCUGUUGUGUGUGAUGUGAGGUCGUACAGCUCUGAGCGCGGCAAACACAAAAAGAAUCAAAAGGUUGUGGUCGUUGGUAUCCCGAACCCCUUCAUCUGGUUCCGAACCCGCAUCUACUUCUUUCUCAUCCGAUCUUAUUUCGACAAAGAGUUUAACAUCGAGGAGUUCACGGAAGGAGCCAAACAGGCUUUUUCACAUGUGUCAGGAUUGCUGUCUCAGUGUCAGUUUGAGGCUCUGGGGGGUUUAGUCGCUAAAGAUCUAAUAGGGAAACUUGAGGACAAAUGCGCUCAUUUGCCUUUGAGCCACCAGAGGGCGCUGUCUGCCGAGUCUGAUGCGAUCAUGUUCACAACUACAGGAGACGUUGGCAUUUACUAUGAUGAUAGCGGGAGGAAAUUUGUUAGUAUUUUGAUGCGCUUCUGGUACAUGACAAGUGCGAGACUUCCUGAUGACACUGUCGAGGGAGCACGAAUAUUCCAGGUUGCUUUCGGUGGAAAUGGAGAUAGACCAGAGACCAAGAGACUUCUCACAGCCAAUUAUGAAUUCCAAAGGGAAUUUACACAAGGCGUGACUCCAGAUUGGAUCAUCACAAGAAUAGAGCACUCAAAGCUUCUUAAUUAAGUCUGUUUAACUUGGAGAGGACAAAUCUUUUUAGGUUUGUUUUUUCAUGUAAGAUGUUAUUCCGAAUGGCCUGAAAAUAGAGAGAUAAUUUACUAUCCCUCACUGGAAGGACAUUGAAAAAUUAUCUUGCACUAUUGUCAGCAUCAGAAUACUCCCCAUGGACAAUAGAAAGUUAUACAUGUUUAUUUCACUUGUGUGAAGUGCAUAAGAUAUGUUUUGUCUUCACUGAUCUCAAAUUAUUUUAAGUUAUUGUUGCCUCCUUGUUUCAUAUUCAACUUACACGAGUCAAACUGGCCUAAACAUUUUCAAACAACUGUAAGUCUGAAUGUUAAACCUGCAGAGGAUAAAUUGUAAGCAUCUAAAUUGAUCCAUUAAUGUUUUACCACAAAAAUAAUUUUAACCACUGCUUGGACCAUUUCAAAUUCUCAUUCAGUAAAAUGUAAACUUACUGGUCAGAUAUGCCACUGUUUUUGUCCAAAUGUUCAUGUUAUGUAAAAGUUAUUCGUUUGAAAAAGAGAAGGAUCUUAAUUUCAAAUGGCAUAUUAAAAUGUAAAAUUCACUACAAAUAAUGAACAGCAUUUUAAUAAUUUUGUCAGUGGAGCCAAAAAUAAAAGUUUAACAGGAUUUUAGCUGUUUUACUUUGUCAGAAAAUCCGCUUAGGCCAAUAUCAUGAUGGAAAAACUUUAGUUGAUUUAUAUAUUUGAUAUAUAUUUAAUGAAACCAAACUCCAUCAUUAGGCCUAUUCUUUUGUUAAAAAUUGCCGUGUGUGUGUGUGUGUGUGUGUGUGUGUGUGUGUGUGUGUGUGUGUGCGUGCGCAUAAAAAAUGUCUAAAACCUCAUUAUGGCUGCUUUCUGCUAAAGUGUUCUGACACAAACAUGUUC